AUGGCGGAUACGACGAAUGGCAACGGUGCGAUCUUGCAUGUCGAGAGACAUCCUCAGUACUACAUCUCUGGCGCUGAUCUCAGCAUCCUGGUGGAACAUAUCCAAUUCCGAGUCCACCGCUAUUUCUUCGAGCGAGAGUCGAAGUAUUUUGCGAGCAAGCUCGCUGGGCCUGCUUCACCCGGACAGCAGCCUGUCGGGUCGUCCGACUCCAGUGCGGUGGUACUGGAGGAUUUGACCGCAUCACAAUUUGAGAACUUCCUAUGGGUCUUCUACAACCCCCGCUACUCAAUAUACGAAGCCGGUGCUGACGUCUGGGAGACGAUCCUCACCCUUGCCGAGCGAUGGAGCUUCCCUGAGGUCAAAUCGCUCUCCGUGCGCGAGCUCGAGAAGAAGUCACUCACGGACGUGAAGAGGAUCAAACUAUAUCACCUGAACAACGUCGACCGCAACAUCCUCAUCCCACGGUAUGCCGCGCUGUGUGAGCGCGAGGAACCAUUGACGCUCGAGGAGGGUCUGGAUCUUGGGAUGGAGACGACGCUGAUGAUCGCCAAGGGUCGUGAGGAGGUCCGCGCGGCGCGCCUGCCGAGCGGAGCGCGCAGCCCGUUGACGCCGACGGUACAUGGCGAGGAUCUACGGGCGGUGAUUAGGGAGCUGUUUAAGAUUGCUCCCAAGGCUGAGAGCGGGGCGGAGGAACCGGAAGCGGCGACACCCAUCAUCACAGACAACCACAAAGCCGAAAACGGUGACAGCACCGGCGAAACCGCCAGUGGAGAAGCCGAAGAUCCAGACGCAAACGAAAACGAAGGCGGGAAACAAAAAGGCGGCAAAGGGACCGCAAACGGCGGUUCCUCCCUCCUCGACACCGACAACAACGACACUGACUCCGCCAACAAAGGAAACGAAACCCCUGAGGUGGUGGACAAAACAACAGGUCAAACAAAGGCGGAGGAGGAGGAAGGAGAAAAUAAGGGAGAGGAUAAAGCUGAGAAGGGAGAGCCUGUGUCUGCGAAAGAUGGUACGGCGGUUGGUGCCGAUGGAGGGGCAGUAGCUGUUGAUGCACCUGCUGCUGGUGAGACUGACUCGGCGUUGAUCGACAUCGUCAGUCCUACUCCUACCACCACUACCGCCAAUAACACCACCUUACCUGACGACUUGUUCGGCUCCACAACUACGACCACGAACACAAGUCUCCCUGAUCCUUUAUCUAACCCUUUCUCUUUCUCUUUUGGCUCACCGAGUUCAGCAUUUGGGAACACCGGCUUUGAACCCAACCCCAAAAAUGUUUUAUAA